GUGUUAUUACUACAAUAGCCUGGUAGUUUGGGAACGAUCCAUUGGCGCUGCGCGCGUUCUCUUUCGGAGGGGAGAUUGAAGGGAGAAGGGGAAGGUGGUGGUGGUGGUUUCCCUUCGUCUUCGCUGCUGUGGGGAAGAUGGCGGCUGAGGAAGCGGCUCCGCUGCUGUUGCCGGCGCCCCCCGAAGAGGGGGGACCUUUGGAAGACGGCGAGGAGGUAGAAACUGAGGAGCUCAGUAAGGAAGGUAGCAUGGAUGUCUCCAGUAAAAUGGAAAUCCCCAAGCCAGAUGUGGAAAUAACUAAGGAAGAAAUGAAGCAAGACUCUAUAAAAGAGCCUAACAGUAUCCUAUUGGAUGCAUCAUCUGAAUCUCCAAGAGAGAAACAUAUUUCAAUCCAGAGGACACUUGCUGAUUUAGUGAAACUGGCUGACCUGAAGGAAGGUUCCCUAAUUUCAGCUGUUCCCCAGAAUGCAGACCAUCAAGUGGCAGCUGCCAAGAAGUCUUGUCCGCUCUGUCCUGAAGAGAAGUUCAAAGCUUGUUAUGGUCAUAAGCUCCAUCGCCACCUUCAGAAUCUCCACUGGAAAGUGUCUGUUGAAUUUGAAGGCUGCAGAAUGUGCAUAUGUCAUUUACCUUGUCGCCCUGUCAAACCAAAUGUUGCUGAAGACCAGAUCUUAAAGAUGGGAGCCCAUUAUCACUGCAUUAUUUGUUCAGCAACCAUUAACCGAAGGACUGAUAUGAUAGGGCAUAUUAAACGCCAUGUUAAUAAAGGAGAAACUGAAUCAAGGUUUAUUCCAGCCCCUGCUCCUAAAUCUACAUAUGAAAUACUGAAAGAAGCAGACACAGAUGUACAAGUCCUUCCUAACUAUUCAACACCACAGAAAACGGAUUCGUACUUUAAUCCCAAAAUGAAACUUAACAGGCAACUUAUAGUCUGUGCUUUAGCUGUCCUAGCUGAGGAACGGAAACCUUUGAAGUGUCUGGAUGCAUUUGGAGCCACUGGUAUAAUGGGAUUACAGUGGGCAAAGCAUCUUGGAAAUUCUGUGAAAGUCACAAUUAAUGAUUACAAUCAAAAUUCUGUGACAAUGAUACAGGAGAACUGUUAUUUAAAUAAGAUGAAAGUGGUAAUGAACAUCAAGGAGGAGGAGGACUGUGAUGAAACAAUGGAAGAAGGAGACGCAAACUUGCCUGCUAUUGAGGUGACAAAAAUGGAUGCCAAUGUCAUCAUGCAUUUGAGAGCAUUUGAUUUUAUACAUCUGGACCCAUUUGGAUCAUCAGUGAACUAUCUAGAUGCAGCUUUCAGAAAUGUAAGAAACCUUGGAAUUGUAUCAGUGACGUCAACGGAUAUCAGUUCUCUUUAUUCAAAGGCCCAACAUGUAGCCCAACGUCACUAUGGUUGCAAUAUUGUCAGGACAGAGUACUACAAGGAAAUGGCUGCUAGGAUGGUAGUUGCUGCAGUGGCAAGAGCUGCUGCUCGAUGCAACAAAGGCAUUGAAGUUUUGCUCGCGGUGGCUCUUGAACAUUUUGUCCUAGUGCAGGUGAGAGUAUUGAGAGGACCCUCUCUUGCAGAUGAUACUGUCAAGAAAAUUCGAUACCUAAUCCACUGCCAGUGGUGUGAAGAGAGGGUGUUCAAGAGAGAGGGCAACAUGAUAGAAGAGAAUCCUUAUCGCCAGCUCCCAUGUGACUGCUAUAGCCGUAUGACGGGCAAGACAGCAAUUGAACUUGGUCCUCUGUGGUCAGGAUCCCUCUUCAACACUGGAUUUCUCAGAAGAAUGUUGUUUGAAGCAGUUCAGUAUGGUUUAGAAGACAUCCAGACACUUCUAAAAACACUAAUCUGUGAAGCAGAGUGCACAACACUCAAGCAGUUUUCAAUUCAUGGCCCUAGCAGCCAGAACAAACAAGAAGAGUGUGGUGUGUUUAUUAAGACACCUGAUCCUGCAGCUGAUUACUACGUUGUACAUGGGAAAGGAAAAAGAAAUGAAAUUAGCCAAAAUGGAGCAAAGCGCCAAAAGCUGGAGAGUAAUGCUGAACUUCCUGCUUUUUAUUACAAUAUCCAUAGACACAGCAUUAAGGGAAUGAACAUGCCAAAGUUAAAUAAGUUCUUGCACUAUCUCUCUCAAGCUGGCUAUCGAGUAAGCCGAACACAUUUUGACCCCAUGGGCGUUCGCACCAAUGCUCCCCUGGUGCAGUUUAAAUCUAUUCUUGUGAAGUACAGCACACCUACAUAUAUGGGAGGGCAAGCUGAAGGCUCUCUGCAAACCUCUGAGGAUUCGCAGACAGGAGCUGAAGGUGACUUUGCAGAAGAAAGCAUGUAAAGUGACAUUUCUGGCAAAACGUAUUUUUUAUUGAAGAUCUGUAUUGAGACGUAUAACUGAGCCAAGUCUCUCAGAAUAUAGAAUUUUAUGUGUGACUGCUCAAUGUUUCAGGACAUUUUUAGAAAAAAAAAUUGAACAGUCACGUAUGUUCCAGUUAGUAUCACAAUUCAACUGCAAGUUAAUUUCAUCCAAUGCUUCCUUUUAGGCUAUUGAAUUUUGCAACUACCCUGACUUUCCCCACUCUUGUGAUUCCUUGUUCAGAUGUAUAAUAUUGCUUAAGAGGAUAAUACGGUGGGGAGGUUGGGGGACACCAAGUGUGUUUAAGACUGGUAGCACCUACCAAUAAAGUGUUCUCUCUUUUGCUGAA